ACAACUCUCGAGUUAUUGCCCGCUAGUGGAACUCUUUUGUUUAACCAUCAACAAUGUCGUUGGUCACCCAAACUGGCCUUCGAUGCUUUAAACGACUGAUUCCGCAGAUUGCAUCAAGGGGUUAUUCCACAGCAGACCCAGAUACCCCAGGAGCUUUAGUGGCCCCUAUAGAGAGAACAGCAGAAGUACGAGCACCAAAGAGAGAAAUAUUGGUACCAGAGCAGGCUGAUAUUUCAUGUCUGACUGGAGUACCUGAGGAACACAUAAAGACUAGACGAGUUCGGAUCUUUGUUCCUGCCAAGAAUGCCAUGCAGUCUGGUGUGUUUGGGACAAGGCGAUGGAAAAUUGAGUUUGACACACGUGAGAGAUGGGAAAACCCAUUGAUGGGAUGGGCUUCAAGUGCUGAUCCUCUGUCCAAUAUGGCAGUAGAAUUCAGAUCUCCAGAGGAUGCUAUGGACUUCUGUGAAAAGAAUGGAUGGGAGUACUAUUUAGAAGAGAAAAAGGAGCCCAAAUUCAAACCUAAAUCAUAUGGAGCUAAUUUCAGCUGGAACAAAAAAACAAGGGUGUCCACAAAAUAGUUUUAUGACAGAGCUUGUUAUGGUCAAAAAGGGACUUGAAAUAAAAAUUAUUUGUAAAUAAGAUUGAAAAUAAAUUAUGUGUAAACUGAUAA